AUGCAUUACCAAGAAAUAUACUUUCGACUUCCUUUUGCGAAGUGCUUCUCGCUCCAAGUGAUAGUAAAAUUAAACGGUUGUUUGAACAGAGUCACAAUUCAUUAUUUAGACAUUGAUCGGAUGAAGGAGCAGAAGAGAUCCACCGAAAAAUGUAUUGCAGACAUCGAAAAAGAUCGAUCGGGACUUGAAGAACGAAUUGAAGAAAUGAGGCGCAGAAGAGAUGAAUUAGAUGAAAGGUUACGUGUUGAGCAAGAGCGACUCCUUCGACAGGAACGCACAAUUCGUCAAGUAUGUCUGUAG